AUGAUCAGAGAAUUUGUUUCUCUUGUUUGCUUUAUCUUGGCAUCUGUAAUCCUUUGCUCUUCAGGGGAUCCAAGAAUUCACACAUCUCACGGGAAGCAGGAGGAAAGACAUGAUGGUAGUAGACAUCCCGUGUCAAGUGAUCACAAAAGCCACUCUCGAACCAACGAGGAACGAACUCAUGAUCAUAAAUCAGGAACGCUGUCCAAGGAAAAGGACAGCGUUUUAAACUUUGAAAGAGUUCUGUUUGAUCGCGAAGAGCUGAAGAACUAUGUUCUAGAUUAUCUGCGCACACAUGGUUUCGCUCAAAACCCAAAAACAAGGUCUAAGAAAUCACUGGAUCACAAGCAGAAAUCAGCUGGCAGGCAUAGCGGGCGUCGUGACAAGUUAGAAUCACCGCAAUCGAGUUUUGGGGGGGAAAGGGAACAGAAUCAUCACAGUGCCCCCGAGGACGAAAUAUACUUUUCGCGAAACAGAGAGAGUGGUAAUCAAAAUCGAGCUGGUGGGCAUAGUAAGCGUCAUAAAAAAUCAAAAUCAUUAGGAACUAGAAAACGCUCACAUGGUCGUGAAAAAGAAAAUGAUGCAUUGUAUAAGGAGAAAUCUGCUGCAAGGUCAGGUCUUUCGUCAAAAGAAAGGCGUGGUCAUCAUCAGAAGUCCAUUGACAAGAGUUACAUGUAUCCAGGAACCAAGAAGGAGAGAAUGACAAACACAGAUAUUACUCAAAAUAACCUAAAACAUGUUUUGAGGUCAGAUAAGCAUGAGAAUCAGAGGAGAAAGGACAAAAUUUCCAAAACUGAGGCUUCAAGUUCCUCGCUAGAGCACAGGGGUCAUUACAAAAGCAGGAAAAGCUUAAAUAACAGGAAAUCUAACAAGAGAGACUUCAUAGCAAUUCUUCCAGCUCAGUCUUUCAAACUUGAAGGUUUUGAUGUACAGCCAGUUCAUCAAUCUAAAUUAUCUCACAAAAAACACAAAAGAAAAUCAGACAAAAUGCUGAAGCGUGUAAAGCCGAAGAAGCAUAAAUCUGAGCAACAUUCUGAUGAAGAAGAGCAUGUAGCUAAAGACAAAAGUGGCUUUAAUUCAAAAUCACAUACAAAGAAGAACGAGAUCAAAGCACAAAGACAUGGAGCAGGUUUAAGGAGCAGUGUCUCUUACAAGAGAUCCAGAUAUAGUCACAAAAAGCAGAGCGAAAGUUCAGCACAAGCUAAAAGAAAAGAUUAUCUGCCCCCAAAGCAUCAUAGUCGUGAGAAUAAAAAGAUUUCAGCUCGUAAACGUAAGAAAACUUCAAGACAUCGGGAUACACAGAAUAAAAAGUUUUCUCCCUCUUGGAAAUCCCUGGACAAAAGAAAGAUUCCGUCUUGGUAUGAUGAUGCCAAGUUUGGAAUAUUUGUUCACUGGGGUUUGUAUUCUGUCCCAAGUUUUGGGACAAUGAACAGUGAAUGGUUUUGGUACAAGUGGAAAGGCAGGCGGCAAUGGCAAAAGUAUUUGAACUUUACUAGGAAAAAUCAUCCUUCAGAAUUCGGCUACAAUGAGUUUGCUCCAUAUUUUACAGCUGAGUUUUUUAAUGCCACGCAAUGGGCAGAGCUUGUGGCCAGAUCUGGGGCAAGGUAUGGUGAUUAACUUAAAAUGCACUUCAUUGUGCAUUCCAGGGUGUUUCAUUAGCAUACUAAUCGCCUAGCUAGUCUUAAGACAAGUCUCCAGCUGCACGUAAAUUGACUAUGUUCGAAAAUUUUACUAACAGGUGUCGUUAAUAAUUGGAUCAAUAUAACAUUAAAAAUGUGGGGGACGAACCAAUUGUACUCGUAGUUCUCUUUUAAGACGGAUUUACAUAGCGCAACUUUGUCGCAUGCGAUGUGCUUACAAUAAUUCUACGACGCGGGUCUCACAUACAAAACAUGAUGUUGGAUGAAAAGUUUGUUCGUUUAGCCUUUAAAAGUACCAUACAAACAGUCGUUGCAUGCUGAUCUUUCUUUCAGGUACUUUGUGUUUACCAGCAAACAUCAUGAGGGCUUUACCAACUGGAAUUCAAGUGUGGCAUGGAACUGGAACUCGGUUGACAUCGGUCCUCACAGAAAUAUUGUUGGUAAGUCAGUAGAGAUUCAUGUGUGCUUAGACGUUUAUUUGCGCCAGAUCGCCACUUAUAUUUUUCAGAAGAGGGAGAACCGUGAACGGCGAGUAUAAGAUUGCAAAAUGCCAGUGCACAAACUAAUCCCGGCAUGAUAAUCUCUGUCCUACUGUCGUUGCUGAUACGAGCAGCUGUGGAAGCCUGGAUUAAGAGCCUACUCAACAAGAGACGGACACUGAGAAAAAACUGAAAGCGCCUGCCUGCGGGGAGCAGAAUAAUUUGUGUUUAUCACGUUCUUUAAUUGUUUUGCCUUUUCCAAGAAUGCUAAUCGUUCCUUGGAACUAAGCUGUCUGAAAAAGCCGUUAUUACCUUAUUAUAGGAAAUUAACGCUCCAUGAAAUAAACGCGAAUCGUUAAAAUUCGCGUUAAUUUAAGUCGCGUUAAUUUUGUUGAGUGUUAAUUUCUGCGAGGUUAAUUAAGUGCAGCGUUAAUUUCUGCGCUCUUAAUUUCCAGUAUUUUAACCCCAAUUUUGGAACCUGUCCAGACACUCUUGACCUUAAAAAACAUUAACUAUAAGCUUUCUUUCUUUCCAUUUACCCUUUAUUUUUCAUCUUUCACAAAAGCUAAGGCGAAGGUUUACAAUACUUCGAGUCCAUCUUCAUCGUUGUCGCUGUCAAAAGUAAUGUCAAAAUCUUCUCCUUUGAUUUCGGCCAAGAUAAUCGCCUUAAUUUCCUUUUUAUGAAAUUCUACUUCCUCUUUCGCGUUAAUUUUCUUUAUAUAGGAAGGUCGUUUUCCAUUAAAUUCGCGUUAAUUUAAGUCGCCUUAAUUUUCAAUACCUUAAUUUCAAGGAGCGUUAAUUCCCAUAAUAAGGUAAAUCAACAAUAUGAAUCCCGUCCCAAUGGUACAUGAGAACAAGAAAUGGUUUUUUACCAAUGUGCCGGCCGACAACAGUCGCUCAUUUCUAUGCAUGCAUGUUUAAAAUGUACGUUACUUCUCAUUCGAUAAUCAUUUCAUUUCUCUACUUAUUGUUUUCCAGACGAGCUCGCCAAAGCUUUUCGCAAUCUUUGUAAUCCAGAAGUGAAGUUUGGUUUGUACUACUCCCUGUACGAGUGGUUCAACCCUCACUACUUGAGAGACAAAGCAAACGGAUUUAAAACUGAUGAAUACAUCAAGGUAAGUAAAUUUCAUAGACGAUACGUUUAACUUCUAAUUUCACUGUAGUCUUAAACUCUGAGGUUCGUUAUCCGCAACUCUAAUUGUUUAUGCCACUCUCUUUGCCCGGCGACUAAUUGAUGAAACCAUGAAAAAAAAAACAGUAAAAAUCAACCAAAAAAAUUAAAGGAAACAUUAAGCCAGCUUUAAAGAAACUGGUCAUUGCAAGGCCCAGUAGUGUACAUAAGACGCGGAAAGUCCAAUUUUUUUGUUUAUUGUAAAAUCAUAUAUUUUAUUUUUGAUUCCGACAAAUGGUACAUUUAAAUCUUUUUAUCGGUGGAUUGAGUCGGUUAAUAAAAUGAUGGACAUGCUACAUGUACAUUCAGUUUGAGAGUUUUGAAUUUCUUUUGUUUUUUCUCUAGAGUGUCAUGAAUCCACAGUUGUAUGAUCUCGUUAAUACGUUUAAACCCGAUUACCUGUGGACCGAUGGAGAAUGGGAAGCAAAUGACACAUACUGGAAGAGUACAGAGUUUCUCGCCUGGCUUUUUAAUAAAAGGUAUCUGAAGUCAACACUUUGUACUUUGUUCUUCCAGGGAAUUUGUUUGGAUUUAUUCUCGUCCUCAGCGCCUCCUGUUCCUCUUUGCCGGCGAGAGUCUUAAUAGCAGGUCCUCGUGCUCACGACUCCGUUUAAAUUAGCUCUGUUCUAAUGCUAAACUGGAUCUUACUGUAGAAAUAAGUAAAUAAAUAAACAAUAAAUGUAUAAAGAGUUUCCACAACAUCAAGAAACAUCCGCAAAGGGGGGGGCAGCAGUGAAAUUAGAAGCGACAUGAAAUUAUGCAGCUAUCGCGUGUGGAAAGGAGCCCAUUACAAACAGUUCAUGCCCUUUCUCUCUCUUGAGUGCUGAAGCAGGUCACUGUCGUUGAUUAUAAGGCAAUGUGUAGAUUAGUAGAUCCGCCCGCUUCGGAUGCUUUCGAUUUCCUUUACUUAGCAAAGAAAAAGAAAUUAAUAUAUGCCAGACCAAUGAUCAGUGUUGUUCGCUAAUUCCCAUCAGCUACUUGAAGUCGUGCUGGGAAGAGAUUUGCUGCUAUCUCCUUGGGCACUCUUAGUUUACUCUUGAGCACGUCCAGUCAAAAGUGCCUUGAAUAGUGCAGUGCAAAACGGUAUGUGUUGUGUUUUGCAGCCCAGUAAAAGACAAAGUUGUGGUGAAUGACAGAUGGGGGAAAGGCUGUCGGUGCCGUCAUGGUGGAGUUUGUACUGGAGCAGAUAGGUAUAACCCUGGUCAGUAUAGACUUUCUUUUCUCCUGUGACCGAAGUUGAAACAUGUAAAAUUCUUAUUGCGAAGCCUCGAUGUUGUUAAAAAAAGUAGUUUGUAGCUUCUAAACGACGAAGAAACAUCAAAGAACAGACAAUAAGUAGCAUGAAGCAACCGACAAGUUUGAAUAACCGUAGGCAAACGAAAAUCACGACAGUGUUGCAUGAGCGUUUAAAAGCGCAAUUAUCUUUGACUUUAGUCGGCAUUACUAUAACCUAUACCACCAUUCCUAACUGAUAAACGUCAGUCAAAAAGUUUGAUACGAUCGAUUGAAAAAGGGAAUAAGAGUUUCACGUCACCUUAUGUUCCAGAAAACUGCAUUUUAAGUCAUUUCACCCUUUCAGGCAAACUUCAAAAGAGGAAAUGGGAGAACGCAAUGACUAUUGACCGACUGUCUUGGGGGUUUCGCAGAGAUGCCAAUCUUAACGAUUACUUUAGCAUCGAAGAAUUGAUUAAACAACUUGCCAGUACAGUAAGGUAAGCUUGAAAGAAUUAUUCACCUUAAGCUUACAAAACAUGUAGUUUUGGAUGAAUACGUGGCGGCUAGUUGCUUCCUAUCACAGGUUCUUUUGCCUUGUCGCGCGCAAUCAUUAGGAAGGAUUUUGUGACGAGACCAAGAAGGUUUGUGUAGGAGGCCAACGUCUGUCGGGUUUGUCUUUACUCAGGAAGAUGGGUGUUAGUAAAUCGUGUUUUCAGGUCCCGUAAACAUAUUCAGUUAAAUCAACGUUUCUAAAAAGGAAUUUCUACUAAACUGCCUCUCAGGAUUGUAACGCUCCCUUAGAUUGUAGUCUGUUAGCUCACGCAGUCCACUAGUUCAUUUAUACACGAGCGAAAGUAGUGAGAGCCGAAGGAGAAUUGAGGCAGAUAAAGAGAAGCCUCCUUAGCCCUAGUUCCUUGUCAGCUCGCUCGCUCUCCCAGUCUCGCAAUAGGGAGUUUUAGCAUCGACGACGGCGACAGCAGCGAAAACGUCACUUUUAAAAUGAAUUCGCGUUUUUUCAAGCUUUGUCGCGUUUAUUCCAAUUUAUCGAAAAUGUCAAAUCUAGGUGUAUUUCCCUGGAGUUGAUUUCUCGGGGACCGAACUCAAGUUCAAAUAGAGAAAGAAAAAAUCGUCGUCGCUUGUCGCUUGUUUAGGUCCUCCUUAAAACGUGAAAUUAGGUAUUUUCACGUCAUUUUCGUGCAGGGAAGGCAAAGAAUUGUCCAAAAAAGCGGGACGCUCGUGUAGAAUUGUUGUUUUGCUUAUCUAAAACCUAUUGCUUUUCUGAAGUUCUCGUUGCCGUCGCCGUCGUCGUUGCUAAAGCUCCCUAUUAAUUGAAAGGGGCUUCAAGCAGUCUUAAAAGUCACUCGAGGAGGAAACUUGCCGCUUUUGCCAGUAGCAGUACACGGAGUAUCGUUACACAUGUACAUCCACAAACUAAUAUAAACUAAUCCUUAUAACAGCUCAAUAGGGGCUUUUCAUUCGUAAAUUGCUGUGUUUGUAUGUCUGUCUCUUCUUUGGUAGCUGUGGUGGUAACUUACUUAUGAAUGUGGGACCCGCUUCAGACGGAACAAUUUCGCCAAUUUUCCAAGAGAGGCUCACGCAGAUGGGAGACUGGUUAAAAGUAAAUGGUGACGCUAUAUACAAAACAAGGCCAUGGAGAGCACAGAAUGAUUCGGUCAGCGGCAAAGUUUGGUGGGUAUAGUUUUUCUAACGUAUAAAAAAUGUCGCAAACUCAUCGAAUGUGGGUUGAGCUUUUCUGAACCAUUUCAUGUGUGAAACCAUUUGCCUGGCCUGCAGCCUGCUGGUAUUUUUAUGAUCUGUCAGAGUAUAGAUCAUGGAGAAUUGUUGUCUAUUUGUUGAAUGUCCAUAAUUGGUCUUUUCUUUACAUUACCAGUACUUACUAUCUCUGUGUUAAAAUAACAAUAAUUACUAGGGUAUCUAAAAGAUAGUAAUGCUGCGGCACAUUCUGUUGAUACUGGCAUUAGUUAAGCAGUGAGAAUUAAAAGAAUCGAAAAUGACAUUGAAUGUCCUAUUUACAUGUAUAAUUAAUAUCAGUCUAUAGAAAGAACUCGUGGGAACGUUGUUAAGAAAAUGAUCAAGUGGUUAUCAACUCUGGUUUUCCCACAGUAAAUUGUAGGAAAUAAUAGAAAUUCAGAUUGUUUAUCCAUAUAUUUAAUAUACGGUGCACGAUAUUUUCUCUGGAAACACAAUACUUUUCUUGCUGUUUGUUGCACUUUAUUAAGUAACAGUUAUUUAGCUAUAUAUUUAUUGAAAACAACAACACAAAAAACGGAAAAAAAAGAAAAUAGGAAUAACUAAGUCGGUAGGACUCGAACCCGGCACUUUCGACUCGACGCGACUACGCCUAACCACUGCACCACAGAGGCUGAUUACUAAGUUGUUAGGAAAAGUCUUUCAUUUUAUUCCUUUUCCAUGAAACUUCCGCCGGCAAGAUGAUCGCCAGCCGCAUUAAUCGAGCUAUUAAUAGUGAGUAUACAAUGUAAACGCAUAUUCCGAGGCAAUGAAUGAAUGAAAGAACAUAAUUAUGCUUUUCAAAACGCCGAUACACGUCCUCGUCUGCAAAGUAGGACACAAAACAUAUGUUUUGUUAUCUCGAUUUCCACUGUUAUUUUGAAGCGAAUGGUCCAAAUCACAUCCAUUUUCGGCUCAUACAGUUUCUUAAGAAUAGCAUUGCAUGACAUUUUCUCACUUUCACAUCACCUUCUAGCCAGCUGGAAUUUGUAUAUCCCCCGUGUUGCGGAGUCGAAGAGCAAAUGCUCAUCUUCUCGUCACGGUUUAACACCUGGACGAGUCAAAGGCUCUUGAAUUGAAAUCCAAUCCCCAAGUUAACCAUCGUACUCAUCUGAAAGACUCCUGCGUGUCUUAAAAUUUGGUGAGACCUCUAACCGUGCUGUAGAAAAUUUGUCACAAAGAAAACUCUGAGCAGCGAACGAUGCACUCUCUCACCCACCGAACUUCCCCGUGUUUUUAUUUGAGUUGUUAGUGGCGCAAUGCACUCUGGUUAAAUGCAAUGCAUUGUGGUAAAAAGUGUGGUUAAAUGCAAUGCAUUGUGGUAAAAAGUGAUGAAUUCGAGAAUUUGUCUCCCCUUAUAUAUUUCCUUUAAAUCCUGAUUAUGUUGCUGCUCGCUCCCUUCGGUCGCUCCGCAGCAAUGAGGUACGAAUAAUAAGGUUUAUGGUCAUGCUUAGAUAAAGUGUUCAGUGGAGUACAAUAGCUGCUUUCCCUGAAUAUCCAUCUCUGCGCUAUGGUUUGGCGCGCCGUCAGAUCAGGCCGGUGGUUCUCAUUCGUUAAAGUAACAACAGCUAGCUGCAAAGGAGGGCAAACGAAUAUGCCGCACUAGAGCCCAAAAAUACCAAAAGGUGAACAGAAAUCUGCAUGGCUGAUUGUAGCACGCAAAAUUCAACUUAGCAAGACAAAAAUGACACCGAUUAAACCCUAACAGAGCCGGAUUGUAGCCGUUGACAGAUGUGUCACCAGUUUUGGUUCGCCAGAACGGCAUAACAACAGUCGUCUUUCUCUAUACUUUAAUCUUUGAGUUUUUUGAAACCCUUCGCCCCAUUUUAUCAUACAAUCAUGUUGGUUGUUUACCAUUUACAAAAAGUUUCCGGAAAAUCCGGUUGGUAACGAAUUUUUUGGUCGUUCCGGCGAGGAAUUUCCGGGAGCAACGGAAUAUCUGGAAAGGUAGUCCUGUUUUUCCGGACGGAAUGCUCCCAACGGAACUUCUUUAAAUUUGUCUUUUUCUCAGAGCUAUCUUUGACAUCGGUUUCAGGCCUUCGAGGCCGUUUUACAGAAAGGGAAUCGAAUUGUACAAACGUUAAACGCGAUUCCGGGGGAAAUUUUUCUCAGUCCCGAAUUUUGCUCACCAUUUACCCAAACCAUGAACUGACUGAUUUGCAGGCGUGUAUAUGGAGCGAACGGGGUUAACACCACCCUGUGUUGGUAUCCUUGAUUUUUCGUUCCACUUCUUAUUUCCUGUGUGUUAAAAUCCUAUGUAGGUACACUGCAAAAGGAGAACAUGUGUUUGCUAUAUCACUCAGCUGGCCACGAUCAGGAAAGUUGGAACUCGGGGACCCUAUUUCCACGCCCCGAACAAGUGUUAAGAUGCUGGGAACUAAAACAUCUCUUUCCUGGAUUCCAAAACACAAAAGCAAGAAAGCUGGUCUCGUGAUACAUGUUCCAGCGAUUCCUGUAUCCAAUCUUCCUUGUCUGUGGGCGUGGGUUUUUAAGUUGUCACACGUUAAGUGAUUUCGUUGUACAGCUGCACCUAAUAGACGAUAUUGAGUCACUUCCACUUAAUGGCGGAAAUGAUAAACAUUUUCAGAUAGUGAACGUGGUGAAAGCUAAAGAACUUUACACGAUGUUGUUUAACUCCUCCUUUUUGUUGUGGUGAUAUCUAGAG